GCGGGCUUGGUGCGCGCGGCUCGGAGCGGAGCCUCCGCGUGCACGCCCCCUCCUCCCGCCCUCUUCCCCCCCGCCCCCCGUCCCUGGCCUCCCUCCCUUCUUCCCCCUCCCCUUCCUCUACCCCUCCCCCCACCCCGGGGUCUCCCCGCCUCCCUCCGCGCCAUGUCUCGGGGUGGCUGCUGCCCACACCUGCUCUGGGACGUAAGGAAGCGGUCCCUAGGGCUGGAGGACCCGUCCCGCCUGCGGAGCCGCUACCUGGGAAGAAGAGAAUUCAUCCAAAGAUUAAAACUUGAAGCAACACUGAAUGUGCAUGAUGGCUGUGUGAAUACAAUCUGUUGGAAUGACACUGGAGAAUAUAUUUUAUCUGGUUCAGAUGACACUAAUCUAGUAAUCAGUAAUCCCUACAGCAGAAAAAUCUUGACAACAAUUCGCUCAGGACAUAGGGCAAAUAUAUUUAGUGCAAAAUUCUUACCCUGCACCAAUGACAAACAGAUUGUAUCCUGUUCUGGAGAUGGAGUCAUUUUUUAUACUAACGUUGAUCAAGAUGCAGAGACCAACAGACAAUGCCAAUUCACAUGCCAUUAUGGAACUACGUAUGAGAUUAUGACAGUACCAAAUGAUCCUUAUACUUUCCUUUCUUGUGGUGAAGAUGGGACUGUUAGGUGGUUUGAUACCCGCAUCAAAACUAGUUGUACAAAAGAAGACUGCAAAGAUGAUAUUUUAAUUAACUGUCGGCGUGCUGCUACUUCUGUAGCUAUUUGUCCCCCAAUACCAUAUUAUCUUGCUGUUGGCUGUUCUGAUAGCUCUGUACGAAUAUAUGAUCGGCGAAUGCUUGGCACAAGAGCCACAGGGAAUUAUGCAGGUCGUGGGACUACAGGAAUGGUGGCUCGUUUUGUUCCUCCCCAUCUUAAUAACAAAUCUUGUAGAGUUACAUCUCUGUGUUACAGUGAAGAUGGUCAGGAGAUCCUUGUUAGUUAUUCUUCCGAUUACAUCUAUCUGUUUGAUCCUAAAGAUGACACAGCACGAGAACUUAAAACCCCUUCUUCUGAAGAAAGGAGAGAAGAGUUACGACAGCCUCCUGUUAAACGUCUGAGACUUCGUGGGGACUGGUCAGAUACUGGACCAAGAGCUCGGCCCGAGAGUGAGCGAGAGCGAGAUGGAGAGCAAAGUCCUAAUGUAUCAUUGAUGCAGAGGAUGUCAGAUAUGUUAUCAAGAUGGUUUGAAGAAGCUAGUGAAGUUGCUCAAAGCAACAGAGGACGGGGACGUUCUCGGUCUAGAGGAGGGACAAACCAGUCAGAUACUCCUGCUGUUCCUACUGGUCCAUCAAGUACUGAAUUAGAAGUAGGUGAGACUGCAAUGGAAGUGGACACUCCUGCAGAACAAUUUCUUCAGUCAUCUUCCUCUUCAACUGUGUCAGCGCAGGCACCUUCAACGUCAUCUUCCACAGAAAGCCCUCGUUCCACAUCUUUGCUUUCUUCUCCAGACACUGAACAGAGACUAUCCUUAGAAGCUUCUGGACACCAUACACAUCAUCAGUCGGAGUUUUUAAGGGGGCCUGAGAUAGCUCUGCUUCGUAAGGGCCUGCAACAACUGAGGCUUAAGAGAGCUGAGCAGCAGAAACAACAAGAGCUAGCUGAGGCCGCACAAGGACAGCCUUCCACUUCUGAUCAAUCUUCCCCUGGGGGUUCCUCCCAGAGCCCUCAUCCUUCAGAUUCUCCUUCUUCUGUGGUUAACAAACAGCUCGGAUCCAUGUCCCUUGAUGAGCAACAGGAUAACAGUAGUGAAAAGCUGAGCCCAAGACCAGGGACAGGUGAGCCAGUUUUAAGUUUACACUACAGCACAGAAGGAACAACUACAAGCACGAUAAAACUGGACUUCACAGAUGAGUGGAGCAGCACUGCCUCAAGUUCUAGAGGAAGUGGGAGCCACAGCAAACCUGAGGAACAGGACUCAUCUCGGGGCCUCCCUGGCCCCUCCCAGCCACAGCUACAGCCAGAGCCUCCAGGCGGGGAAGCCACUCCUGAAGAGUCCUCAGAGGAGACCACCAAGGCUCAGGAGUGCAGCUGCUCUGAAGAAGCAGUUCAGAAUCCCACAGAUACAGUUUUCUCUGAGCCUCUGGGAUGCAGCUUAGAAGACAAGAAUGACUCCAAACUUGACAAUUCUUGCAAAGUUCCAGAAGAAUCCUCUUUAGAGGAAAAAUGCCAGGAGCAGGAUCCUUCAGUUCAGCCCACCAUGGAGGGAACUGCACGUGCAGAGAGCACACCUGAUGAGCCUCAGGCCCCAACAGAACCAACAGGGCCGCUUAUUCAUGAAGAAACAUUGACUCGGGGCUCCACUUUCCAAGAAACUGAUGACAGUGACGAUGAGCCGGUCCUAAUUCCAGGUGCCAGAUAUCGGACAGGACCAGGGCAUAGAUUUAAUGUCAGAGGAACAGCAAUAGGUGAUAGAAUAAUGAGACGAUCUGCUGUUGCCCGAAUUCAGGAGCUCUUCAGACGAAGGAAAGAAAGGAAAGAGAUGGAGGAGCUGGACACCCUGAACAUUCGGAGGCCCCUAGUAAAGAUGGUUUAUAAGGGUCAUCGCAAUUCCAGGACAAUGAUAAAAGAAGCCAACUUCUGGGGUACUAAUUUUGUAAUGAGUGGUUCCGAUUGUGGUCACAUCUUCAUUUGGGAUCGCCAUACUGCUGAGCACUUGAUGCUUUUGGAAGCUGAUAAUCAUGUCGUGAACUGCCUACAGCCACAUCCAUUUGACCCAAUUCUAGCCUCAUCUGGCAUAGAUUAUGACAUCAAGAUCUGGUCACCACUUGAAGAGUCCAAGAUUUUCAACCGAAAACUUGCUGACGAAGUUAUAACUCGGAAUGAAUUGAUGUUGGAGGAGACUAGAAAUACUAUUACUGUGCCAGCUUCUUUCAUGUUACGAAUGCUGGCCUCCUUGAAUCAUAUCCGAGCUGACCGUUUAGAAGGUGACCGAUCAGAAGGCUCCGGUCAAGAGAACGAAAAUGAAGACGAAGAAUAAUCAGCUUUACUCAGCAAGCACUUAGAUGUUCUGAAAUUUGUAUACAACAUUUAUUCUAUUUUUCCUUACAGAGCUUUAGCACAAUAUUAAGGUUUUUUUUUUUUUUUAUAACAUAACAUUUAUUUGGAACGAUUGUGUGCAUGAAUUUGGGAGAGUGUGCAAGAAAAAUUAGCAAAAUGUUUUAAAAACCUUUUGCCACAUAUGAGGGGUGCUAGAAGACACAGAGUGCAAUAUUUUCCCUAACCUGCAGACGAGGGAGCUUGGAUCAAUGUUCAAAAAUAAUUUUCAUUAUAGUGAAAAUAUUGGUUCAAAUAAAUUUCUAUACCUGCUAUUUGCAUGUUUGUUGCUUUCUAAUUAAAGGAAUUGGUUGUUUAAAAAUGUUCUGAAUUUGACUUUUUAUAUUAUGAUUGAUAUUUUCCUACAUUGUGUUUAUCCAUUUUUCCCAUGAUGAUGACACAGAUGGGGAAAAAACAAAUCUGUGGCUAAGAUCUAUUCUUCUUAAAUGUUAGUAAAGUUAGAAACUAAACUUUUAAAUGUCUGCUCCACAGACAUUCUGCACCAGUUUGGCUAGUUGCUGUUAGGUGAUUAUUGGUACCUCAUAAGGAAAAAACCAUCAUAAUUUAAACAUAUUUCAGGCAUGAAUAACUGAGAGAAAUGGGACUAGCACCCUUGAAAUUUUCAUUAUUUAGACAAAAGCAUAAAUUCUAGUGAUGAUAUAACAUUCAGCUGCAAAUAGCUAGCACUUUAACAUAAAUGUUUAUCUAAUCCUUAUUUUUUUUCUCCCUUCCUCCCACUCCUCCCUAAAGAUUGCUCUAGGCUAUUUUCAACUUGAUUGAUUCAAUUUAUAUUCCCUUGCUAGUUGUUAUUACUGUUGUUAAAUUCCUCAUUUGUGUUCUUUGCUCAUUUUUAAACACUAUUCCUCAAGUGAAUGGUAAGUUCUCUGGAGAUAAACUAUCCCAUCCCUGCUUUGUGCCAAACAAUAAGCUAAGAUACUUUCUCCACUUCAGAAGCUCACUGUUUAAGGAGAGAUUCAGCAUAAAAAUAUGUGACUGUAUACAAACAAAAUACUAUAUAAAUUGGAGAUUAUCCAUAGAAGAAGGGCCCUAGCAUGUAGAGGGAAGAGAAGGAGACUUUUUGUAAGAGAUGCAGUGGAAAUGAGAGCAUCCAGGCCAGAUGGGGAUGGGGAAACUGCUAGUGAAAAUAUAUGGAGCUGAGUGACAGAGCAGCAAGGUGGCCAAUGUGACUGGAUCACAGAGUAUGUGGAGGGGCAAAUGAACAUUGGAAAGAUGGACCAGUUUAUGAAACAUUUUUAAAUCAAUGUAGGGGAUUUAUAUUUAUGUUGGAUCCUGGGGAUAAUAGGAAGCUACUGGAAGCUACUGAUGGAGGAUGACAUAGUACAAAGUUGACAGGACUAGGCAAUAGAUUGGAUGGAGACUAGUGGCAGGGGGAAGAGUGAGGAGUCCAAAGUAACCAGGGAAACCACAAAGAUGGCAUCCAACCUGACCGGUCCCACAGCUGUCCAUGGGCCUUCGACUACUUACAUCUAAGUCUUAGCAUAUAGUCUGAG